GUAAACGUAGUCAUUAUCUCAUGAAGAGAAUAAUUAUAUUGAGUUGUCCUUUCUCCCUAAUUCUUUUGGACUUUGUGUUUUCCGAUCUUUGUUCUACGACAAAAGUUUAAAUCAACAACAAUGUGCAAACCAAUUAUGCCAACAACAAUAAGAUUUCUCCGAAAACUCGGUUGUAUAUUCACUUUUGUUUCGAGGAGCAAUUACAAAUCAUGAUGAGGUGGAUUACGUGACAAGUGUUCUUUUGACGAACGAGUCUCAAUUGCUUAAAGCCAUUUCAACAAGAAAUGAAUUUGGCACGGAUUUUUGAGAUUCAAGUUUUGAGAACAGUGCUGUGAUUUUAGCUUUGAAGCUAUCAUUCUUUUGGAAUUUUUUUUCACAAUGGCUGGUGGUUCGUCUCUAGAAUCCGGCAGUGCCUCAUACCACCAAUUGAGUCAUGGACGAGAAGUUUGUCAUUGGUUGGCCCAUGUUAAAUUAUCAAAAAUUAUUAUCCUGGUGUCCGUCUUUCUCUUCAUCGUUCCGCUCUUCACUCACUAUUAUUUGUCAAAGGUUGAAGCUGAUUCGCAAGGAAUGGAUUUGCAUCGGGCGAGAUCUAAACUGGAAGCGUUUGAGGAUUUUACAUCGAUGAAAGCGUCGGAUCUGAAAGCUAGAAUAGAGGAAAUGUUGAGAAUCAAAGUGUCGGUCAGUAACGAGCUCAGAGAUUUGGAAAACAAGAGACAGAGACUCCAAGCGGAAGUGAGCAGUUUUACUCAGAGGAUAGAUGAACUGAAGCAAGAGCUGUCGCAUCAACAAACUGAUCUGGAUAGGUUGAAAAUCAGCGUGGUGCAAGCACAGGCUGCCCAGAGAGAAGCUGUUGAAAAAAAUACUCCUGAACUGGCACCUCCUAGAAGAAUUCUCAUGGACUCUGUACCUGUUGUUACACCAGGGACUCAUCCUCUGUCUUGCAAAAUGUACAACUGCUUUGAUCACAGUAGAUGCGCGCUCACAAGCGGAUUUCCAGUUUAUCUUUACGAUCCAGAUUUAUUUGGUGUCCUGAGCGUUGGUUGGGACGUCGAUGGAUUCUUGAAAACUACCAUCAAACAGACAUUGGGAUACAACGCUCACCUCACGGCCAAUCCUGCUGAAGCCUGUGUCUACGUACUCUUGAUCGGUGAAGCUCUGGCAGUGCCCCGAUCCACGAGCAGUCAAAAAACGCGUGCGGUAGACGUGGCGAAGUUGCACGCUCUCCCGUACUGGGGUGGUGACGGCAGAAACCAUAUUCUAUUGAAUCUCGCGCGCCGCGAUCUCAGCGUCGAAGCAGGAAACAUAUUCAACGAUUUGGACACGGGUCGCGCAAUUCUCGUGCAAUCGUCCUUUCACAGGAAUCAAUUCCGCGAAGGUUUUGAUCUUAUCGUACCGCCAAUACUAGGACCUCCGGGUGGAGAUAUCUGGCAGGACUGUGCGCCGAUGGUCCCAGCCAGAAGAAAGUAUUUACUCUCGUUUCAAGGCGAAAUGAGAGCGAGCACGAGAACAGCGUCAUCGACUCCUCAUCAAAUGGACGACGCAGAAGUCGACCUCGAACGACUCGCCGUGGACGAAAAUAACUUGGACAACUUUAUUAUUCAACAUUUGAAGGAAAUGACCACCGGAACGAGUCUCGACAAAUUUUUCUUGCAAUUCGAGUGUGUCCCCGCCUCCGAAGAUCGCAGAAUCGUCCAAGCUCUCGAUUGGUCCUUGUGCGGCACUGAUUCCUCCAGGAAAUCGAUCCUCAAAGAAUCCACAUUCGCUCUCAUACUCGCACCAAGCAACGCCACUUUUCUAACAACUUCUUUCAUGCAGGCCAGGCUUUACGAAGCUCUCAGAGCUGGCGCGAUCCCCGUCGUUUUAGGAGGCGAUCAAAUUCUUCUCUGUUACAACGAAGUUAUCGCCUGGCGAAGAGCCGCUAUUUUUCUACCAAAGGCUCGCGUUACGGAAAUGCAUUUUUUCCUUCGCGCGAUUCCGGACAACGAUCUCCUGGCGAUGCGUCGUCAAGGUCGUCUCAUCUGGGAACGAUACCUGAGCACGGCUCAAGGAGCCGUGGACACGAUAAUCGCAUCGAUUAGAGACCGCCUCGGAAUCCCUCCAUUGCCGGCUACUCAAACUCCGAGUCUGAGCAUUUUUAAUGAAACUUUUGUGCCCCUGAAGUCGGACUCGAUAAUCGCCGAACCGGAAGCCGAGGAAAGUCUCGGGCCUCUGGAGCCGCCCUAUCCAUCACCGGCAUUCAAAAGGAAUUACACCACGAUGCUGAUUCAUGGUCACGAGAUUUGGAACGAUUGGGUCGACCCGUUCAACUUGUAUCCGCAAUUGCCCUUUGACACCGUUUUACCGAGCGAUGCCAAAUUCCUCGGAUCGGAAGUUGGCUUCAGACCAAUAGGGAAAGGCGCAGGUGGCGCAGGCAAAGAAUUCAGCGAAUCUCUCGGUGGCAAUCAUCCGAGAGAGCAGUUCACAAUAGUCAUGUUGACAUACGAACGGGAGCAAGUGCUCAUCAAUUCAUUGGCUCGGCUGUACGGUUUGCCGUAUUUAAACAAGGUACUGGUGGUUUGGAACAGCCCAAAACCGCCGAUGGAAGAUCUCAGGUGGCCGGAUAUCGGUGUUCCAAUUGUGGUAAUAAAAGCUCCCAGGAACAGUUUGAAUAAUAGAUUUUUGCCGUUCGAUUCGAUCGAGACCGAAGCUGUUUUGUCGGUCGACGACGAUGCUCAUCUUCGUCACGAUGAGAUCAUGUUUGGCUUCAGAGUUUGGAGAGAACACCGUGAACGCGUUGUUGGUUUCCCCGGUCGAUUUCACGCCUGGGACCAAAACUACCACAACGCCUGGAACUACAACUCGAAUUACUCGUGCGAGUUGUCGAUGGUCCUCACGGGAGCAGCUUUUAUUCACAAACAUUAUACGUAUCUUUACACUCAUUGGCUACCACAGGCGAUCAGGGACAAAGUCGACGAGUACAUGAACUGCGAGGAUAUCGCUAUGAACUUCCUCAUAUCUCACAUUACACGAAAACCCCCGGUUAAGGUGACGUCACGUUGGACCUUCAGAUGCCCCGGCUGUCCAGUUUCCCUCUCGGAGGACGAUACACAUUUUCAGGAGCGUCACAGAUGCAUCAACUUCUUUUCCCAAGUAUUUGGGUACAUGCCACUGUUGAAUACUCAAUUUCGAGCGGACUCGAUUCUAUUCAAAACUCGAAUACCCCACGACAAGCAAAAGUGCUUCAAAUUUAUAUGAGCCCUAGUGCCAUGCCAACUCCUCUUUCUCCUCGAAGCCCUCAAUCGUAAAUCCAAUAAUUGCAAUAAUCGUGUCUCCAAAUCUCUGAGGAUGUUCAGAGCUCUUUUUACCGCUGGUAAACCACACGCGUACACAAACUCGGAUUUUCAUUUCGUACACCUUUCGUACGAAUGAUUUAGUGUACAAAGAAGACGUCAGAUAUUACUUAGGCAUCUCCGUGUACCUGUUCACCCCGGCAAUGGGCUACGACUGCAUAGAAAAUAAGUAACUAAUUUCCCCCUCGUCUUCUUCCUGCUCGCAGUCUUCAUCCAAACCGAAUAUUAUUAUCGACGAUAAUAUCGGGAUUAUUCGAAUCAUUUAAAUCGUUUGAAGGAUCAUCGAGUACUGUGAAUCGAACUGUAAUGACUGAGAGCAGAGUGCUCGGUGGCAUUGACGUAAAAGUAGAAUGCAAUAUCUCGAUAAGCGGGAGCACUUUCUCGUCCGAGAAGGUGAGCGAUCGCGUGUCCCGGAAUGAAAUACCGCACGUACAACAGGUGAUCCGGCGGCCCAGCGUCGUUGCACAGUCUCGUAAUUCACAGUGAAAAAUCCUCGUAAAUUUAUGCAUCGCGAUCGGACGGUGUUUAGUCGAUUCUCGUAACUAUUUAACCGGCUCGAGGGAGUCUUUCGUUCCAACAUAAUCUUUUUACAUGUUUUUUAAGGACUUUUAAUGUCAAACGGUGACAAUUUUCACUCCCAAUUAUUGAGAUUCAUCAAUUCCAUCUAUUAAUAUUUUUUUUUCUAUCGAUCAACAUCACAGAAUCAUGAAAAUCGACAAAAAAAAUCAUCCGAAUCCUCCUCAAUCGAACCCCGAUGAACUUAUUAUUUUCGAUGACUCUAAAGGCGAAACGAUAAAGAAUUGUCAUCGAGCGAUCGAGAGUACAAAAAAACGUGAAUUCCCAGUCAAAUUUUCGUGAAAAUCGUCACUCAAAAACGAACCACGUGCCACGUAGAAAUAGCGCGUCGCAAAAGAGCAGGUCACUCGAAUUGUAAAUAUAUGUAUAGUUUACGAAAAAAAUUCUAUCAAUUAUUUACUACGAAACGUAAAAUGAGUGGAUUGUCUCGUGUGAAAGAAACUUGUAAAUAAAGCAAAAAAGCCAUGUUUAUAGAU